AUGAUGCGUUGUAUUGGCGUGUCGUUCGCGACGAGGAUAAUCGGAGCAUAUACGAUGUCCAUUUCGAUUUUAUUAAUAAACGUGUUGAUAAGCAAGUUUUUUUCAAGAGAUAGCGAUGAUGAUUUUUUCGAAUCUGCCAAGACUUGGGCUAUACUAGGAUUAAAUUGGAUGCAAGCAAUGCAGAAGUACGUAGUGGGAAAGAAAAAAGCGGAAAGUGCCUUGAUAUGUUUUCUCAUAUAUGCAGUCUUGUUUCUGUCAGCGAGUAUAUUCCUCAUUAUAGGAUCGCUAUCGAAGAGACAUACGGCUGCCGUGCCUUGGAUGUAUUUACAAAUGGGUAGCCUAAUAGAUCAGGCUGUGUCGCUAUGCAAUCAUAUGAUAUAUGAUCAACGAACUACCUUAUAUUUUUGGUAUACUACGAUAUGCAGUCUCUAUUUGAUGUUGAGCGUGUAUUUCUGGAUAGUCGUGGAAGCAGCCCGAAAUCAAUGGUACAACGAGCAAGAUAGAGAUACAAAUUGUGACUCGUUCAUGUUAAAUACUGUAUCAACGUCCACGAGUAGCAAUCCGAAGUCACCGUCCUUUCUCUCGCAAAAUUUUUCAAUGUUUGAACAAUCGCAUCCGUCGACGAUUCUGCCUAUAUAGCAGGAAGUUCAUGAAGAAACAUAAACAAUCUCAAAACUACCCAGACAACAUAAAGAAUCCAAAAGAGAGACUUGAGACGUCUUUGGCGUCUUCAAGACGUCUUAUGUCUCAAUGUGUUGUCUGGGUAUCCUGAUAACUAGACUUGCCGCUUGAGGUAAACUUGCCAGAACUUAUAGGAUUGAGGAUGAUAUUUACAGAACUAUACGGG